AUGGCUCGCUUUACUUGCGCACAUAUCAAGAAGGAUAACACUAUUUGUGGAAAUAAGUGCUGUGACCCCACCGGGUGUUAUAGGCACUGGAAAUUGUAUGAAAAAAAUCAGAAAAAAAAACCCUGCCUUUUUAGUGGUUGUGGAUAUCAUACUGAUAAUGAUUCAGGGUAUUGCUCCAGCCACUCUGCUAAGAUUUAUUCGCACAAUUACCAGAUGAGGCAGAAACGUAAGUCUGAGGGUCUUCAACCCGAAAUCCCUGAAGCUCCAAUUUCCGAGUCGUAUGAUCGUAGUGCUUUGAUCCAUGAAUACUUAUUUCCCGUUUCUUCACAACUAUUUGCGGAUUCGAUCCGUGUUGAAGUACUAGGUGAUAUUGUUGUAAUUAGAGGCUCAGCUCCAGAGCCACCCAGAAUCUAUGAAGCUCCUGUUUCUGAGUCUGAUGAUGAGGAUAUGGGUAUUGGCCUAUUUGGGGAUUAG